AUGGCUGCCGUUCUUCCUCAGCGCGCGGCUCUUGCCGACGCCACGGCCGCUGGGUACUCCAAGACUUCACGCCGACAGUAUCAAGCAUGUGAUCAGUGUCGAAAGAGUAGAAGAGCAUGCGACGCUGGCACGUUGAGAGUGGCCAACUUCCCAUUUCGCGAAGAAGAACAACCGGAACCAUCGGCUGCAACGUGCGAGGCGUGCUCUAACUGUGCCCGAACAAGCAAGCGAUGCACCUUUCUCUGGCUCAGCAAGCUCUCUUUGCAAGGCCUGCCAAAGGGCGUCAAGAGGAAACUGGAAUCGACAGGCCUGCCGAACCUCGUUGCCGAGCCAGCAACAGUCUCGAACUACCAGACUUCAUCAUAUCAGGGCGACUAUCUAAUUUCAGAUCCAUCGACGCUACCGCAGCUGUUGCCGGCAACUCAUUCAUUUGAAUCUCCCCAGAAUGGAUUACCCAAGUACCAUAUUUCGCCGAUAUAUGCAAGCCCGGAGCAGACCAUCCACUACCCCUCCACCUCUCCCGAAGCGCGCCACUCAAUAGAUUCUAAUUCCCAUCAAGUCGCACCUUCUGUUGCAACGGUGUCGGUCGACAGCAGGGCCACUUCCAUUCAGUCUGUCCCAGAUGCCGCCUUCCUGCCACCUCGUUUACCAGCUGAGACCACGAACCACAUCCAAUGGAGUCCGCCCGAUCUUGGUCGUCAUGACACAACAUCUACCUCUUCGGCAUCGAAUUCCAUCGAGUCCAUAAAUGCCAUUUCGAAAAUCGAGCCUUCGUCCAGCUUGACUUCUAUCGGCUCCGACCCUGGCGGCGAAGACGGUGUCACGCCCGCCUACUGCUCGAAACGGGUCAAAAGUCGAAGCCUACCCAAAGAAUAUUAUGACACUCUAGUCGCACAUCAAGCCUCCGCAAAUCUAUUUCCACGCAAACAGCCGAACAUGGCUGCAGUGUCGCCAAACUUUGGGCGGCAGAACUCGACAGUGCUCUCGAAUCGUCAAGUCCAUUUCAUCGACACCGCGAUGAAGAAGAUGAUAGCAACUGGACUGCUACAAAUAUACCAUGACAGCUUCGAGAACUCUCUGUCAUGUUGGGUGACGGAGCGGAAUUGUCCUUACGAGAUCGAGCUCAAAGGCCUCAGUCCCAACACUAACCCGGCAUCAAUGGCAGAAGAAGCCGCAAUCCGUUUAGGCGACAACAGGAUCUUGUCGCGGGUCUCUCGUCUGGACGCGGCCUUUGCUCGCUUGAGAGAUCGAGAGUUGUCGGUCGUAGAGAACCGGACCGCCACCAAUGCCCUGAAUGCAGCCAUCAUGGCUUUUGCGAGCCAGUGGUCCCACAGCUCCCACAACGCAUUCUGGAGAAGCAGGGAAGGCAUGUCUCAGAUGAGGGCUUGCCAGGUUCAGUCGCACGGUUUCUUCUCACAGUCCGAAUGGGCAAACAAUGAAAGACAGAUCCAGAAGCUACUCUGGCACGAUGCUCGCACCGCGAUCCAAGCCAGUGCUGAAAUCGACUCGUUUAAAGUCAUCCUAGCAUACAUGAUCUUUGCGCUAACACAACGGCCGAUGGAUGCGAAACCUAAGACGACCCUGGAGACGCAGACCUCACCGACCGACAAUGCGGCGGAUAGUCGCACCGGUUUCGAGGACCCUUCGACGUGCGACAGUACUGAACCCCGCGCCGAUCCUGCCAUGGAAACCAUCGUAGACCAAGAGUGGAACCCAUUUUAUGCAAGCGAACCCGAGGCAUUGGCCUCUCCACCCAUCUAUCUCGAGACGGCAGUGCGGAACCUAUUCUCAUGGAGGCGCAAGAUCGAACGUUAUCGUCGGCUACGAUCGAAGAACAAAGGUGCGCAUGGGCAUGGCUCUAUGGGACCUCUUGCGGUCAAGGAUCAUCAGACAUUUAAUCUGCUGUUUUGGCUUGGUGUCAUGUGUGACACGACGUCGUCAGCCAUCAGCAAGCGGCCAUUGGUCAUCUCAGAUGAAGACUGUGCCAUGAUCCAGGAAAGUGUUGAUUCUACAGGUGAGGAAGCGGAGGCCGAGGAGAACCAUUGCCGGUCUUUGGAAACAGAUCAGCCGGAUGACUCUGGCAGCCUGUGGGGCAAUUAUCUCUUGAAAUUUACAUGCGUGCCAGACGGUUGCCCGCAGCUCCGAUGGCCGUGUAGCUUCGACCAGGCCGCGGCGGUGCUUCAAGAAGCCAUUCCGGUGAAAGUGCUGAUGUUCCGCAAGGUUGCCGCCCUCCAAACGCUGGCUUAUCGAAGGUCCUCACCACAUCAGCUCGAGAGAUGCAUCAAAGAGGCACUGGACGUUUACUCGCAUUGGAACAAGCUGUACGGACGGUUCAUGAUUGACUGUAACGACCAGCACAACAUCCUGCCACCGCACGUAAAAUCAUGGUACGUCAUCCUUGAUGGGCACUGGCAUUACGGUUGCUUGUUGCUUGCGGAGACAAUUUUGCAAGUCGACAAGGAGGGAAAGACGCUGGAACCACAACGGAACCUGCGAGCGACUUGCCAGCUUCUCAGGGAGCUGCGACAAAGCAACGCGGUCGCAAUCGCCAAGAUCGCACAGGCCUCACUUUCUGAACAUAUACCUUCGGUUCCCGAUAAUGCCGAAUUUCACUUUGCGACGAACAGCAGCGCUAUUUUGACAGAACCAUGGACAGAUAUACUCGUUCGCGCAUUGGGCAGCGCAUGUAAGAUAUUCAUGGACUGGUUAUCAGCCUGGUACAAUUCGGCCGAUACGAACCACGUGUGGGUACACACGACAAACAGCUACGAGAAUCUGUAUAGCCAGGCGGAGGCAUGCAUCCAGGCGAUGACGCUCCUUGGUCGCAAGUCGGACGCGGCUAAAUGUACGGCAGAAGCGUUUCGGACACGAUUAAGUCGCGUCACUUUCUACAGGCGGGCAUCCGCUGGGACAGACGCCGACAAAUAG